AGCAUGCUUAUAGAAUAAAGUCAACAACACUUAAAUUAGUUUGAUAUGGCUUCCAGAAAGCUCUCCUCGACGUCUUGGUAAGGCCGGCAGUUAAUUCACUCGGUAGUAUAAUGACAAUUACAAGAAGCCGUUCCACGCUCAGACAGUCCAAAUCGUUUGAAAGUUCCGAUUUGAAAAAUGUAUCGCGACUGUCUCACUGGUGUCAUCUUCUGCCUGUUGGUGGCUCUUUCAAGAACUCAAGGGAACAGCAUUGGAGAUUUCAAUGCCUCCUUGAAUCUACCUGAAGUACGGGGAAACAAGUUCCUCUACUUCGGCUUCGGGAGCAACAUGCUAGCCGACAGGAUCCACAUCCAGAACCCAACCGCUGUGAAGAUAGGACCCGCCCUCCUCCCCGAUUAUCGGUUGGACUUUGCUUUCGAGUCGGGUCGUUGGGGAGGUGCAGUGGCCACCAUUGUGCCCACUUUGGGGGAUCAUGUGUGGGGCACGCUCUGGGAAAUCGAUCUCAGCAAUCUGCCAGAUAUAGACAACCAAGAAGGCGUUCAUGAGGGCAUUUAUGAAUCCAGAACUGUCUACGUUACCCUCCGUACUGAGUCUAAACAAACUCCUGCCCGUGCUUAUCUGCUAACCAAGCAGCCGGAGACCAAUCUCUACGAGCUUUCGAUGGACUCUGUUCCUGCAUCCCGUCAGCCCUCGAAAACAUAUCUCCAGUGCCUCGUAAAGGGCGCCAUUGAGAGCUCCGUUCCAGAGGAAUAUGUUCGGAGAUUGAAAGGCAUCAAGCACAAUGGGCACGUGGCCACCAAGCUAGAGGAGAAACUGGAGCUGCAAAACAUCGAACUUUAAGCAGCAAAUACAUCUAAUAAAUUACCUGCUACUCAUA